AAAUGAGAGAAUUGUGUAAUACAGAAAUGACGAAUGAAGCCCAGAUUGAACAUGAGAAUAUUGGAACUCAAUUACAACCAGAAGGGAUCAUUGACGAGUCUAUAAAUGAAGAGAGAGGAGCACAGGAAAUGGAUGAAAAUGGAUUAAACUCAACUGAAUCCACUUAUCAUCAAACAGAAACUCAAAAUAGGUAG